UCUAAAUGCACUGACCCCGCCCCCCUCGCCCGCCCUUCAGGCGCCCAGCGUCCUGGCGAGCUCCGGCAGCUCUGAGGAGGACCUCCUCGCCAACUGGCAGCGCAUGUUUGUGGAGAAGAUGGCGCCGACGUGCGACGGCUCCAUGGUUCACCGCACGGCGUUCAGCAGCCAGACGGCUCAGGAGCUGCAGAGACGGAGGCCCACGCCAGGAGGUGGGACCUCCUCUUCCUCUGACCGCCACAGAGCGGCGUACUCGGACGGCGAGGAGGGCUCGUCGGCGCGGAGCUGGACGCCGAGCCGCGGCUCCAGCCUCGACACCGACACCGACACUGAGCCUCGGCCCGGCAGGAAGGGGCGCUACGGCGGCGAUGGCUCCACAGAGGAGGGCGAGAGGCUGCUGAUGAACCUGGAGGACGAUGGCGGCAGUGGGGACACAGCGGUCACCGUGGCGACCAGCCCCGCCGACACCCGCAGGAAGGAGUUAGAGGAAGAGGAGGAGGAGGAGGAAGAGGAGGAGAGCUCCACGGAGGAGAGAGACGUCCUCCCCCACGACCUGCCCGUCAUCUCGCCCCGCCUCCUUGACUACGACCCCGCCCUCGCCGCCGCCCCGCAGCGUCCGCAGAAGAGCCCGAAGAGGAUGGGCGUGCACCACCUGCACCGCAAAGACAGCCUGACCCGAGCCCAGGAGCAAGGCACGCUGCUGGACUGACCCCGCCCCCAACGCUGACCCGCCCGCCACAGAGGUCAGAGGUCACGCCCAUCCAGGAGAUAGCCAUGCUCUACUGUAUGCUGCCGAGCACACGUGUGUGUGUGUGUGUGUGUGUGU